AUGCUGCCCCCUAAGCGAUUCAGCGAAAUGGACCCCCGGCUCCAGGGUCAGCUGCAUCUCAGUCGCGGCCUCCGUGGGCCCGGGGACCAGCGGGCUCGGCAGUGCCCAGGUCGAUCUCGGGGCGACGGGCGAGCGGCUGAAGGAGGGGCAGCGGUCAAGGAGCCCGCCCGGGUUCUCCGCGUGGGGGACGUGCCGGCGGAAGCGCUGCCUUAUCCUGGGAAGGUCGAUCUAGGCCGUCCCAGGCUGGAGUGGGGAGGCCGGGCUGGCUCUGCGGCGGCUCCAGCUAACCGCGUGCCUGGCGCAGCUCUGCGGUCCGUGUCCCGGGGCGAGGAAUCGGAGCCGGGCGGGGCGGCAGGACCCGGCGCGGGCGGGGGCGUGGUCCAGCCGGCAGCUGGGCGGAGCCGGAGCUGCAGACAGCCUGCCAACGCGGUGGCCCUGGGCGGCCUGCCCCCCGGCGGCGGCUCGCACCCGCAGCACUACGGCCGCCUGCCCGGGACCAUCUGGAGCUACACGCAGGUGCGGCGCACGGGCGGCGGCGGCGUGGAGACCGUGCAGGGCCCCGGCGUGUCGUGGGUGCACCCCGACGGCGUGGGCGUGCAGAUCGACACCAUCACGCCCGAGAUCCGCGCGCUCUACAACGUGCUGGCCAAGGUGAAGCGCGAGCGCGACGAGUACAAGCGGAGGUGGGAGGAGGAGCUUGCCAAGCGCAUGAACCUGCAGACCAUGGUGGACACGCUGCAGGAGGCGGCACAGGAGGCAGAGGCCAUCCAGGAGGAGAUGAACGAGAAGAUCGAGCGGCUCAAGGCUGAGCUGGUGGUGUUUAAGGGGCUCAUGAGUGACCCCAUGACAGACCUGGACACAAAGAUCCAAGAAAAGGCCAUGAAGGUGGACAUGGACAUCUGUCGCCGAAUCGAUAUCACGGCCAAGCUGUGCGAUGUCGCACAGCAGCGGAACUCGGAAGACGUGUCCAAGAUCUUCCAGGUGGUCCCCAAAAAGAAAGAGCGUAAGGUCGCUUCGGACGAUGACAUCUCCGAGCAGGACGGGGAGGGGAACCGGUUCUCGGAUGACGAGGUCGGCUCCAUGAACAUCACGGACGAGAUGAAACGCAUGUUUAAUCAGCUGCGGGAGACCUUUGACUUUGACGACGACUGUGACAGCCUGACGUGGGAGGAGAAUGAGGACACACUGCUGCUCUGGGAGGACUUCACCAACUGCAACCCAUCCAUCGACCUGCAGGGCGAGCAAGAGGAAAACCUGGGCAACUUGAUCCACGAGACCGAAUCCUUCUUCAAGACGAGAGACAGGGAGUACCAGGAAACCAUAGGCCAGAUCGAGCUGGAGCUGGCCACAGCCAAGAGCGACAUGAACCGGCACUUGCAUGAGUACAUGGAGAUGUGCAGCAUGAAGCGUGGCCUGGACGUGCAGAUGGAGACCUGCCGCCGUCUUAUCAAAGGCUCCGCAGACAGGAAUUCACCGUCCCCCAGCUCUGUGGCCAGCAGUGACUCAGGAAGUACAGACGAGAUCCAGGACGACUUUGAGCGGGAGGCGGACGUGGAGCCCAUGGUCAGCUGAUGACCGAGGCCCCCGUGCCUGGUGGUCUUGGUGAUGGGGCCUCUGCCCCUUUCUCCCCGUGGGGCCAGGAAGGCUCCUCGGAGUGGGGCUCCAGUCCUCACCAUACAGACUUCCUCUGCCCUCCCUUGUCUGGAGGCCCUGAGGGACCGCUGCUUCCUUCCUUCCUUCCUUCCACCCCACCACCAACCAGUGCCCCUUCUCCAUCCACCCACCCAAGGAAUGGUGCUGUCAAUUUCUAUUGUUCUCCACAUUACAAAUGCAGACUUCUGUCCGGACGAUGCAGUGUUAACUGUGCCUUUUCCCUUAAGCUGAGCCACUUUGAGCUCCAAAGAAUUAUUCCUUGCAGGUGUUUUUAUACAAAACUCUAGGUGAGGGCGGGGCCCCCGGGCAUGGUAUAACGCAGAUUUUCUACCCUCCCACCUGCUCCUCUGAUUGGCUGUGAGCUAUGCCCUCCCCUCCUUUUGCUGGCCAGCGCUGACCAAGCUGCGCUUGGAGUGAUCUGCCUACCCCCAGGAAGGAGCUGUUUGCUUCUGCAACCUUCCCAGGCCUGGACGGGGACCUCCCAGGUGUUCUUCACUUACCGAAAGAGAGAAAAGAUGGAAGGAGGGAGGGAAGACAAAUUUUUAUUUUCUUUUUGGAUCGAGUGGCAAAGCGGAGGGACAAGGCACUGUGGGGGAAGGUGGAGCCUCACUGUGUUUAAACUACUAUGCAAAAAACAAAACCAACA